AUGUUCAUCUCCCUGUUGGUUACACCUUGCAGAAGAAAGAAUUCCAGUGGCUUCCGCCUAGAAACGAGCUGUCCACACAUGGUAGCUGUAUUUCUCAAGAGUGACCGGGUCGCAAGAAUGGUUCACAGUGGAGGAUGUUCUGCAAAUGACUUUAGAGAUGUUUUUAAGAAAAACAUAGAAAAAAGGGUCCGAAGUCUGCCGGAAAUAGACGGAUUAAGCAAAGAGACGGUGUUAAGUUCCUGGCUAGCCAAAUACGAUGCCAUAUACAGGGGAGAAGAGGACUUUUGCAAACAGCCGAAUAGAAUGGCGUUAAGUGCUGUCUCGGAGCUGAUUCUGAGCAAGGAACAGCUUUAUGAAAUGUUUCAACAGAUUCUAGGGAUCAAAAAAUUGGAACACCAGUUGAUUUAUAAUGCCUGCCAACUGGAUAAUGCAGAUGAACAAGCAGCCCAGAUCAGACGUGAACUAGAUGGACGUCUACAACUGGCAGAACAAAUGGCAAAGGAAAGAAAAUUCCCCAAAUUUGUAACAAGAGAAAUGGAGAACAUGUACAUAGAAGAGUUGCGGUCUUCAGUGAAUUUGCUUAUGGCAAAUCUGGAAAGUCUUCCCGUGUCCAAAGGUGGGCCAGAAUUUAAAUUGCAAAAGUUGAAACGAUCACAGAAUUCUGCUUUCUUGGACAUAGGAGAUGAAAACGAGAUUCAGCUAUCAAAGUCUGAUGUUGUCCUCUCAUUCACAUUAGAGAUUGUUAUAAUGGAAGUGCAAGGUUUAAAGUCAGUAGCUCCCAAUCGGAUUGUUUACUGCACUAUGGAAGUGGAAGGUGGAGAGAAGCUUCAGACAGACCAAGCAGAAGCCUCCAGGCCCCAAUGGGGAACUCAAGGGGAUUUCACUACUACUCACCCUCGUCCUGUCGUCAAAGUAAAACUCUUUACAGAAAGCACUGGUGUUCUGGCGCUUGAAGAUAAAGAACUAGGAAGGGUAGUGUUAUAUCCAACAUCCAAUAGCUCAAAGUCUCCUGAUCUGCAUAAAAUGAUAGUCCCCAAAAACAGCCAGGACAGUGACUUGAAAAUUAAACUGGCAGUGAGAAUGGAUAAGCCGCCACACAUGAAGCACUGUGGAUAUUUGUAUGCUCUAGGACAGAAGGUUUGGAAGCGGUGGAAAAAACGCUACUUUGUCCUUGUUCAGGUUAGCCAGUACACAUUCGCUAUGUGCAGUUACAGAGAAAAGAAAUCUGAGCCUCAGGAACUGAUGCAGCUCGAAGGAUAUACUGUGGAUUAUACAGCUCCUCACACAGGUCUUCAGGGUGGUCGAAUGUUUUUCAAUGCUGUUAAAGAAGGGGAUACAGUAAUAUUUGCCAGUGACGACGAGCAGGAUCGGAUACUAUGGGUUCAAGCGAUGUACAGAGCUACAGGUCAAUCAUAUAAACCUGUUCCUGCAAGUCAGGCCCAGAAGAUGAAUUCUAAAGGAGGAAAUGUCAAUGCGGAUGUUUCCCCACUUUAUGCAGAUCGCGGUCAGAAACAUGGCAUGGAUGAGUUUAUUUCUGCUAACCCCUGCAAAUUUGACCAUGCUUCCCUCUUUAGACUGCUUCAGAGGCAGACCUUGGAUCACAGAUUGAAUGAUUCCUAUUCCUGCUUGGGUUGGUUUAGCCCCGGCCAGGUGUUUGUGCUCGAUGAAUACUGCGCUCGCUACGGAGUGCGAGGCUGCCACCGCCAUCUCUGCUACCUUAAUGAGUUGAUUGAACAUUCAGAAAAUGGUUCUGUCAUUGAUCCAACGUUGCUCCAUUACAGUUUUGCAUUUUGUGCUUCUCAUGUUCAUGGUAACAGGCCAGAUGGGAUUGGAACGGUAUCCAUUGAAGAGAAAGAAAGAUUUGAAGAAAUUAAAGAGAGACUCUCCUCCCUUUUAGAAAAUCAAAUAAGCCAUUUCAGGUACUGUUUCCCAUUUGGACGUCCUGAAGGAGCUUUAAAAGCCACACUUUCAUUACUUGAAAGAGUUUUAAUGAAAGAUAUUGCCACCCCCAUCCCAGCAGAAGAGGUGAAGAAAGUGGUUAGAAAAUGUCUGGAGAAGGCUGCCUUGAUCAAUUACACGCGACUUACAGAAUAUGCCAAAAUAGAAGCUACAGCAGAGAAGGAUUCAGAGGCCAUGAACCAAGCAACACCUGCAAAGAAACUGGAAGAGGUUCUUCACCUGGCAGAACUCUGUAUCGAAGUAUUGCAGCAAAAUGAAGAACAUCAUUCAGAGGGAAGAGAGGCAUUUGCUUGGUGGCCAGAAUUAUUGGCUGAGCAUGCAGAGAAGUUUUUGUCUCUUUAUUCUGUUGAUAUGGAUUCAGCACUUGAGGUACAGCCACAGGACUCCUGGGACAGCUUCCCACUUUUCCAACUGUUGAAUAACUCACUGAAAAAUGACAUGUUCUUGUGCAAUGGGAAGUUUCACAAGCACUUGCAAGAAAUUUUUGUUCCUUUGGUCAUCCGCUACAUUGAUCUCAUGGAAUCAUCAAUUGCCCAGUCCAUUCACAGAGGUCUUGAACAAGAGUCAUGGCAACCUGUCAAGAACAUCACCAACAGUCUUCCUAAUGUAGCUCUUCCAAAAGUUCCAAGUUUGCCUCUUAACCUUCCACAAAUACCUAGCUUUACUACACCAACCUGGAUGACUUCUUUAUAUGACUCCACCAAUGGCUCAGCUACGUCGGAAGAUCUUUUUUGGAAACUGGAUGCUCUGCAAAUGUUUGUUUUUGAUCUUCACUGGCCAGAACCAGAAUUUGCUCAUCAUUUAGAGCAAAGACUUAAACUCAUGGCCACUGACAUGAUAGAAGCCUGUGUCAAAAGAACAAGAAUUGCAUUUGAACUGAAGCUACAAAAGACAAACAAAUCAACAGACCUGCGUAUUCCUUCUUCUCUGUGCACAAUGUUUAAUGUCUUAGUUGAUGCCAAAAAACAGACAGCUAAACUCUGUAUUCUCGAUGGCGGACAAGAGUUUGCUAGUCAGUGGCAACAAUACCAUUCAAAAAUAGAUGACUUGAUUGAAGAAACUGUUAAAGAAAUUAUUUCACUUCUUGUUUCAAAGGUUGUUUCAGUGUUAGAAGGUGUGCUGUCCAAACUGUCAAGAUAUGAUGAAGGCACUUUCUUCUCAUCAUUAGUUUCAUUCACUGUGAAAGCAGCUGCAAAAUACGUUGAUGUUCCUAAACCAGGCAUGGACCUAGCAGAUACCUACAUUAUGUUUGUUCGACAAAAUCAGGAUAUACUUCGAGAAAAGGUCAAUGAGGAAAUGUAUAUAGAGAAGCUAUUUGACCAAUGGUAUAGCAGUUCCAUGAAAGUCAUCUGCAUGUGGCUGGCUGAUAGAUUAGAUGUUCAGCUUCACAUCUACCAGCUGAAGACUCUCAUCAAGAUAGUGAAGAAAACCUACCGAGACUUCAGGCUGCAAGGUGUGCUGGAGGGAACCCUGAACAGCAAAACCUAUGACACUGUUCACAGCCGGCUGACAGUGGAGGAAGCUACAGUCUCAGUCACAGCCGCAGGAGGACUUCAGGGCAUUUCCAUGAAAGACAGUGAUGAAGAAGAGGGAUAA